AUGAACAAUCUUAGCUCAAACCCCUGCCUGGGUUGUAUUAAGGUCUCAGCAGUCUCUGGAGGUCUGGAGCUGGGGCUAAGGAAGUGUCUCCAAGCUCCUGGCCGACUGCAUCAUUCACCUGGAACCCGUUUUAAACCCAAGGAAGAAAAGGCGCGGAGUGUCCAGCCCCACAUUCACCAACACCACUCGCCCCCACACAUACACAAACCCACUCAGCCCAAGCCCUGGGGCUUCCCCGGGUCCCGGGAAGGAAGGAGGCCCAGGCCGUACCCGCGGAGGCCCAAGUCCCGGGGCCGAAGGAAGGAGCGCCGGGAGCCCCGCGAGGCCGAGCCAGAGAAUCGUCCUCACCUCUUUGGGCGGGGCCUGCUCCUUCACCAGCUGCGCCCCCGGCUUCGGCAAGGCAGUCUGAACUCCCGGACCUCACCCCGCUGCCAGGGCGGGAGGGGCGGGACAGAGCCGCAGCCCCGGGACAGGGGUGGGGAGAGGGAGGACGUGAAGAGGGAGUCACGGGAGCCCGAGGACCAGCAGCUCUCCUCUCCAGCAUCUCUCUACCAGGAGUGGACGCUGGAGAGGCGGAGUCAACAUGGCGGGAGUAAGAGGAAGCUAAUGAGUCCGGCUGACCACUAUCCUUCUCCACAACCUUCGGGAAAGCAAACCAGUGUGAAUUUGUUCGGGGGAACGCCAGGGAAAGGUCACAGUGAGUCAUUUUCCAGCCGGGGUGGGGUGGAGGUGACCGGAAGAUAUGCGGACAUGUGGGGAGAAUUCCAGUACCAGGGAUGGAAAGAUACUGGGUACCCGGGUGGAAAAAAAAGCCCAGGGAUUUCUAAACCACUGAGUGCCGGUGUAGGAAGGAGCAUCAUCAGCCAUUUAUGUUCCAUGCAAGGAACAAGUUCCAAAGCUGAGUUGUUGAGUCCAGAAGCAGAGCAGUAACUACGUCUAGUCUUUAGGCCAUUGGCCAAGCCUAUCAGAAAUCACUUAGAAAAGGAUUCGUGACCCAAGCAGGUAGGAGAGGGAGGGAGCAGAUCUGUGGCUCUGAACUUACAGAACCUGUCCGUGGGCUAACACUGAGGGUCCUUAGGCAGACUGCUGAAACUUUGGAUCUGACUCAAGACAAUCAAUAUGCCCAAAACCUAGGUCUGGGACUUGCAGAGCUCGGGUGAGGAGGGUAGUGAACCUACAGAUAUGCCUUCCCAAAUAACCUUUUGGGGACACCAAGCUUGGAAAGUAACAGUAAGUAAAAGAGUUGAAAUUUAGGCUACACCUCUCUGCCGGUCCCCUGAACCCUCCCAAUUGUGAAGCAGUCCAAACUCUAGAAGCAGUCUAGAAUUGGCAAACAAAAAAGAACUCCAUAGUAAAACUUUGGAGGGAAAAGAAGAAAAUGUGAACUAUUUCAUAGAUAAACUGACCUGGAAAACAGGUUGAAGAAGCAUAAUUUAAGAAAUAUUAGGCUACUUGAAACUCAUGAACAAAAAAAAGAGCCUAUAUAUAUUUCAAUAAAUCAUAAAACUGCCCAGAAAUCUUAGAAUCAGAAGUAGAAACUGAACAAGUCUUUGGGAAUUUCCGGAAAACAACUCCAAAAUGAAAACUUACAGAAAUAUUAUAAGAUGGAGAGCUUCUAGAUAAAGGAAAAAAUACCACAAGAAACCAUAAAGAAAGAAUUCAAAUACUGAGGAGCCAUAGUCAGGAUCUUAUAACAUUAAGAGACCAUCACAUCAGAGAAACUAGAUUAUGAAAUUCUAAAAAGCAGAGAAUUUACAAUCAAGGAUAAUCUAUCCAUCAAAACAGUAUAAUCCUACAAAAGAAAAAAUGGAUCUUUAAUGAAACAGAAUUCUAAACAUACUUGAUGAAAACACUGGAACUGAAUAAAAAAAAAUCUGACAUAAGAGUCAAAAGAAGCAUAAAAAGGUAAAUGGGCAAAAAAUAAUGAGAUUUUAAAAAUUAGAAUGUUUACAUUCCCAUUUUGGAACUUUGUCAUCAACCAGGUAUCUUAAAGGGACUCCAAUUAGACAGUGGGCCUGGAUAUAAUUAUGUUUAGAUAAUCAAAAAAAAAGAAUUCAAGGAUAGGAAAGAGGAUGCACUGAGAGAGGGAAAAGAGGAAGUAAGAGAAAGAAUGCGGAAUCUUUUUUCACAUAAAUGGAAUAUAUAGCAAAGGGGGCAGUUUGAACAGAGUAGGAGAUACUGGAACCAAGAGCUAAGAAUACACAUAGUCAUUUGAGUGUAGAAAAACAUCUUGCCCAACAAGGAAAUAGAAAGGAAAAAAGUAAUGGAAAGAGGGAGUAAGAAGAAAGCUAUAGUAAGAAACAAAACAGACUCUUUAGGAUGGUAAAGAUUAAAAAAAGAGAAGGAAGAGUAUAAUAGGAUAGAAGGAAAUAAAUGGAGUUAGCAGUCACUGAGAAUGGGAUAAACUCGCUGUUAAAAGAAAAGAGGAUAGCAGAUUGUAUUAGAAAUAAGAAUCCAGCAAUAUAUGUACAACAAGAAACACAUUUGAAAUACAAUAAAGUUUCUUAAAUUGUGAGUAGCAAAUCUAUAUGCGGUCAUGUAACUGAAUUAUGUUGGUCAUGAAAAAUUUGACAACAGAAAAAGUAUCAAAUAUUAUGCCAGUUUAAUUAUUUAUGUAAAAAUAAACAAGCACAUCCAUCACAGUAUAUAAGUUUGCUUUCAUUUUUAAUAAAUGGUAAAAUUGUUUUAAAUUUAAAUAAUGUUUUAAAAAUAAAUUUAUGACUUAUUAUCAAUAAAUCUAUUUUAUAUAUCCAGGUACCUCGGGUCAUAUAAAAAUUUCUUGGGCAAAAAUGGAUCACAAGUGGAAAAUUUUAAGAAGCCCUGAAACAGAAAAAUACACAUAAGAGUUAAAAUAAGGAGCUGGAACAGAAUGUAUUAUUUUUAUCUGAAGUUAAAAAGAGCAAUCAUUUUCAGACAAAUAAAAAGCAAAAAUAGACCUAAUUAAACAAUAAAUAGAAACUAAAAAUAGUUUAAAUAUGUACAUUUCUUCUAAACAUAUUUCC